CUUUUAGAAGGUGGAGCUCCAGAGCUUUAUAACUCUGAGGCAUAUCUAUUCAACUUCUUUGCCAGAGAAGAACUUCCACUUAUCCUGGGAUUUCAGAGGAACCUGAGAAUUUAUAGCCAUGGCUGGAAAACCCAGGCUCCAUUACUUUGAUGGAAGAGGCCGCAUGGAGACCAUUCGGUGGUUAUUGGCAGCAGCUGGAGUUGAGUAUGAAGAACAAUUGAUUAAAACAAAAGAAGAUCUAGAAAAAUUAAAGAAAGAUGGAGCCCUGCUCUUUCAGCAAGUGCCCAUGGUGGAAAUGGAUGGCAUGAAGAUGGUGCAGACCCGAGCGAUCCUCAACUAUAUUGCAGCAAAAUACAAUCUCUGUGGGAAGGACCUCAAGGAGAAAGCAUUAAUGGAUAUGUAUAUUGAAGGUAUUAUGGAUUUGAAUGAAAUGAUUAUGAUGCAUCCUUUCAAGCCAGCAGAUGCAAAGGAAAAAGAUCUUGCACUGAUCAUUGAAAGGGCCACCACCAGAUAUUUUCCAGUCUUUGAAAAGGUCCUCAAAGAUCAUGGACAGGAUUAUCUUGUUGGAAACAAAUUGAGCAGGGCAGAUGUUCAAUUGCUUGAAGUUAUUUUAAUGGCAGAAGAGCUCAAACCCGAUAUUCUGUCAAAAUUCUCUCUUCUAAAGGCUUAUAAAGGAAGAAUAAGUGAUGUCCCUACAGUCAAGAAAUUCCUACAGCCUGGUAGUGCGAGAAAACCACCAACAGAUGAAAAAAAGAUUGCCGAAGCAAUUAAGAUAUUCCAUGGCUAAUGUAGCUACAAGCUACAUGUUAAAAUUGGGACACUCUUCAAAUAAUUUUUAAGAAGAUAACCUUACCGUUAAACAAGUACAAUUUCCAGAGUAACUACAACAUGAAGUUAAAUGUAGGACCAAGUGGCAAGAUUUAUGAAGCAAAAGUGAUGGCAAUCAUGUGCUGCUAAACCAAAACACAAUAAAAUAUUCUGCUUUGUUGGUA